AUGUAUAUAACCCUCUACUACAUAGUCACCUGGAUCCCUGACUCCCUUUGCGUAGUCAGGGACCACUUCCUCGCAGUGUGCCCCACCACUCUCACCGUUGACCUCCUCGAGAAGGCCCUCCUAGCAGCGAAGAAGAGCAUAGUCGUUGUAGGAGCCUCUCGUGGUGACCCCCGCACCCCUGUCUUUGAGGGGUGUUCUCCCUCCCCCCUCUUGCCCUCUGUUGCUUCUGCUGCUGCGGCCGACCUUGUUGGUUUUGAGUCGGUCGGCGCUGCGUCUGCCCCUUCGGGGAAGCGCCGCACAAGCAAGGGCAAGGGGGGCAAGGGCGCUGGAGGAGCUGGCGGGGGCGGUGGAGGCGGCGGUGGAGGCGGCGGAGGGAGUGGGGGUGGUGCUGGGAGUGGUGGCGGGGGUGGGGGUGCCGGUGGCAGCGGUGGAGGUGGAGGCGGAGGCGGUGGUGGCGGAGGGAGCGGAGGCGGCGGUGGUGGCGGAGGCGGCGGCGGUGGCGGAGGCGGCGGAGGUGGCGGUGGAGCAGGUCGCGGAUCUGCGCAGAGGAGUGGCUCCGGUGGUGGUCCGCGCCAGCAGCAGCAGCGUGGUCGUGAGACCCUGUCCCCUCAGCAGCUCCGUGAGUGGUACACUGCACGCCAGCGGGGUGGGGGUUCUGGUCCGUGCACCUACGUCGUGCGCACCGGCGACCGUGCGGGUGAGCAGUGUGGGGGUGCGCACCCCACCCAGCGGUGCUUUGGCCGCCUCACGGACGCGUGGCGUCACCAGUUUCCUGGAGCCACAGAGAUCCCUCGAUGGGGCGAGUUGUCUUGGGCGGGGGUUGCUAUGUUUGACCUUGACUUUGAUGCUCUUCUUUCUGCCAUGUAUGCUGUGACUAUUGGUGAUGAGGGUGACUGUUACCGGUGUUUCCCGCCCAAUCCGUGCAUUGAGACUGCUGCUCUAGGUACUGGUGAGGCUGCUGCCCUAGGUGCUUGCGAGGUUGCUGCUCUAGGUGCUAGUGCAUCUGCGUCCUCAGGUAUUGGUGAGUCUGCGCUCUCAGGUACUGCGUCCGCUUCGGCCUCCCUCACCUUCACCCUUGAUUCUGGGGCUUCUCGCUCCUUCUUUCGAGACCGCACCACACUUACGCCGCUUGGUCGGCCAGUUGCGGUGUCUCUGGCUGACCCCUCUGGGGGUCCUAUCCUAACCCACUUCUCCACAGUCCUCCCGUGUCCGGCGGCUCCCUCUGGCACCCUGUCUGGUCUUUACCUCCCCUCGUUCUCGACAAACUUGGUGAGUGCUGCUGACCUACAGGAUGGGGGAGUGCACCAGUUCACUCUUGCGAGUGUUUGCUGCAGCGUCCAGGUCUGGUCCUGA